GGUACUCUCAGGUCGACUAGCUUACUUCUCGAAUGGGGCGCUUCCCCGGCUGUGCGGAGCACGGCGCAGGACACGCCAAUGAUUGUGGCGACACGGCGCGACCGGGAGGAAAUUGUUCGCCUACUACUCGACAAGGGAGCACAUGUCGAUGAAUGCGGCGAAAAUAAAGAAAGCGCACUUCGGAUUGCAGUUUCUUCUGGGUCCCUUCGUGUUUUCCAUCUCCUCCUGGAGCGCGGGGCCUCUACCGCUGCGAAAGACCGGUACACAUUGUUGAUGUUGGCAGCUCGUAGCGGUCACGAAGAUAUCGUUCGCUUUCUGCUCGACACGGGGGCGCAUAUCGAGGAGCGCGAUGGCAAUGGAAGUACUGCGCUUCAUUACGCAGCUCACCAAGGACAUCUGGGUGUCAUCAGCAUCCUCAUCGAGCGCGGGGCCUCAUACGCUGCG